AUGGCUGCCGACGCUUCCACCAAAAAUGCUACCAAGGCUAAGACCACUGAUGCCAAGAAGAAGAAGAUCACCCGUCGCGAAACCUACUCUUCUUACAUUUACAAGGUCUUGAAGCAAGUCCACCCUGAUACUGGUAUUUCCAACAAGGCCAUGUCCAUUUUGAACUCCUUCGUCAACGAUAUCUUUGAACGUAUUGCUUCUGAAGCCUCCAAGUUGGCUGCCUACAACAAGCGUUCCACUAUCUCCUCUCGUGAAAUUCAAACCGCCGUCCGUCUCAUCCUUCCUGGUGAAUUGGCCAAGCACGCUGUCUCUGAAGGUACCAAGGCUGUCACCAAGUACACUUCCUCCAAAUAA